GCGUCAUUUAUUGUAGAUUUAUACUAGACGCUUCGCCAUUAACAGACUAAUCAUGUGUUUCUUGUGCCAGUGUUGUGAUGAUCCUGAAUUAUGUGUCGACACAUUGAGAACGAAACUUGGAGACGAUGGUUUGAGCAUUCCUCUGGAGCAGAAAAAUGCCCUUCUCGAAAUUUGUAAUGAGAUAGAGGAAAAGAUACUGGAUUGCUUUUUGCAUAGGAAAUUAUAUCUGAAGUUUGAGGACUCAAAAGGAGGCGUAUUACAUAAGAAAUACAAAGAGUUUGAAACGUGUGUACUCCAAUACGAUAUUAUAGAUUGGAAACAAGAAGAAGAAAAAUUACGACAAUUUUUAUUGGAGUAUGACAAUGCUGAAUAUGAUGAAUUGAGGUUUGGGAUAAAUUCGAUGCCUUGGCUUAAAGUAUUCAGGACUCACGAGCGAAGUAUUCCAGAACCCAUCAGAAAUUGCUUGCAUGAAAUGUGUAAGGAUAUAGAGGAAGUACAUUACGAGUGGAUAGAUACAUAUUGUAAUGCAAGCGAGGCAAUCAUUAGAAGAUAUCAAACAUUGGGACAUGAUGUGCUUGAAAUGGAAAUCGUGGACUGGGAGGAUAUUAGAAAAUCAUUUAAGCAAAUACUUCACGACUGGAACAGAGAACUUGGCUUUCAAGGCAUUACCGUCGAGGAUCUGGAUGGUAAACAGCACAUCAUCUAUCACAGGUUGUUUUAUGAAAAUGAUAUAGAUCAUCUCGUAAAUCAAGUUGUUGAUGCAACUGGCAUUUCAAAACAAGAGUUUGUACUUGUGUACGGAGAAAGUCUUAUUGUUCCAGGGAAUAAAAAUUUGUGCAUACCUGACGGUGCAAAAAUAAAGCUUCUUCCGUCUAAUAAAGAACUUGCCAAUCAAAGUAUUAUUGUCGAGGAUCUAGAUGGUCAACAACACAUUAUCAAUACAAAUUGGGUGAUGUACACAAAGGAUGUUGAUUUUCUCGUCAGACAAGUUGCGCAUACAACUGGCAUUUCAAAAAGAAGAUUUGUACUUGCGUACAGAGAAAAGCUUAUUGUCCCAGGAAACCAUUUCUACAUAGUAUUACCCAAUGGUGCAAACAUAGAGCUUCUUCCUGUGAAGAAAAACCAAAACCCUCCUACAAACCUCGAUACAUAUGUGAGAGGCCUAUUCAAUGGCAUUUAUGAACAGAUCAACAGACUAUUUACAAAAUUUCCCAAGGUAUUUGAAGACCAUACACGUUUACUCUCUGAGAAGGAUUUUGUGGGGAUAUCUCAAUUAAUAGGUAAUGGAUGGGGUAUGCUUGGAAUUGAGCUUGGCCUUUCAAAAGUGAAUUUGCAACAGAUUACAGAAGACAAGCGAAAUGUAGCCUCACGUAUAUUUGAAAUGCUGUGCCAAUGGGGUCAAACACAAAAAGAUGGAGCCACAGCAGCACAGCUGCUGUCUGCUGUCAGGAAAUGUGGUGUAAGCUGUGAAUUCGAUAAACUUAAAAGAGCCCUUCUUAUUGGCAUGUGACACAACAUUCUAACAAUGCUGUAAUCAUGAUUUUUUCCUGUAAAUAAACUUUUGACUUGUGAUAUAAAAUAUAUUUAAUCGGGACAAGAGACGAAAAAAUAAUAAGGAACCUCAAUUUCUUUGUCAUAUAUUUGUGGAUACAUAUUUGAAUGUCAAUAUAUCACAUAUAAAUUAUCUUAAUUUAUUUCUGCAAAAUAUCAACUUAGAUAACUCAUUCGUAAAAUUAACAUACAUUCCUCGUUUUUUAUCAUCAGGGAGACAUUUCUCAAUAAUAUUAAUAUUUAUCAAAACAAGAUAAUAUAGUUUUACUCAGUACAAUUACCUUUUAUGGAAAUUAACUUCUUUAACUUAUGAUUUGGAACCAUGUUUAACGAUUAUUUGCUUAAUUUGUUUUUAAUUGCAUACUCUUCUUAAGACAUUUUUAUUAUAUUAGCAUAGCAUCGUGAUUUAGUUACAUUUAUAUUAGUACGCAUUUUCAAAAAAUACUUGCAAUUGUUCACUGGUCACAGCUACUGUUUAACUAACUUCUCUGUACAUUUAAUUUCGGUAAAUUUGAAGGGCACCUAGGUUGUUCUAUUGUUAUGUUUCUAGACAUAGCCUUUAACGUUUAUCAAUAUGGUUGGGUCAAAAUAAAUAACAGUAUCGGUAAUGUUUGUUUUUAUCAACCUGUCAAUAACAUACUGAUUACACGGUCAAUGCACACAAUAUACUAAUCUUCGAUAUAUUUUCGUUGUUCCGUGAGAUGUACACAGAAAAAUGUCAUUUAAAUUUAUUUGUAUCUGUUGAGUAAUUGUACUGAGAGUUAUAGCACUAUAGGGAAAGCUACUGAUUUAUACUUUCUAAGUGAUCUUCGUGUUGUUAGAACGAGACAACGUAGGUACAUGUUUUUUCUUAUUUACAUUUUCAACAUAAUUGAAGCUUUGAUUGUUAUUAUGUUAUCUGUUUUGCAAUGAUUUUUGUAAAGUUUAUACUCUUUUGAAAUAGCAUGGUUUUAAGAAUUAAUAUUUUAAAUAAAUUCGGAUUCAAAUCAAUAAAUGCCAUUUCAAUGACAGAAAACACAAUGCAAAUCGAUACAAACAAUGUUUCUAAGUUGCGUCAUAUUCGUGAAGACAAUUAUGCAAACACUCAGCCAUUUCAAUUAAAAUAUACAAAUGUAUUGCAAAAAUAAAGAGUAGGUUUCAAUCAUUGACAAAAGCAGGGAUCGAAUGAAAGACCUCUCACCUAUAAGAUAAUUACUUAACUGACAGUGCUAUUGUGGAUGUAGCGACAAAACUUACAUUCAGCUGGUACGAUUUUCAAAACAUUAGUCAUACACUCUAGUAAACUACGUAAACAGUACCAAAGUGGGAUCGACUAUUAAAAUGAGUGCUAUAAUACAUUUUUAAUUGACAUGUAAAGAAUCAGACCAUAACAUUAUUAGAAUGUAACAAAACAAAAAUCACACCUUAUGAUAGUUUGUUGAUUUCUAUAAAAAAAAGGUGAGAUUGUUAACAAAACAUGACAUUUGUAAUCAUACCUUUAUUUUAUAGUAAAACACUCAAUAAUAAUAUUUAUAAACCAUAAUAUGAUUUUAUCUUUUGUAAAAGAUGAAUGCGUCUUUAAGCUAUCAAGUUUUUGAUUGUGACAGUGUUUGAAAACUUUCAGCAUGAAAUAUGAUUUCAAUUUAUUUUGCUUUAUUUUAAGAGUUUUGUCUAAAAUUUUGAUUUGAAUUAGCAUACAAUAAAAGAAUUGUGAAUUAACUUUUAUUUAAGGUUUAAAAUACUACUCGAGAGGGACUGUCACUGUUUCAGAAUUUCAUUGUACGAUUUUGUAAAACAUCUGAAAGCUACAUUCAUCAAUAGGAGACUUAUAAUUUCACCUAAAUACAAUAUACAUGUAGUAUGCUAUACUAUCAUCAUGUAUACUGUUCGAAGUAUAGAGUACGAAGGCUGUCCCAUUAAGUCAUAGAGUACAAAAUACUGUAUGGGCAGCUUAGCAUUUUCACUAACUUCCCAGAGAACUAGCGUCAAUCAUGAGUUAUCGUUAUUGUGCUUUAUUAUAUAGAAUACGUCACUUUAGGACUUUUCUUUUUUAAACAUUAGAGAAUGUCUAUAUUUUAUUCAUAAAACAUUAAAAGAUACUUUCAAAGCUUUGGAAUUUUCAACAUACUGAUGAUAAUAUUCCGAUUAAACAUAAAUUGAUGAAUAAAUGACACAGCCGAUUCUAUGAAUACAUUGUCGAUCCUGUGAUGGAUACAAAUAGGGGUAAAUGCACGUAAUUUUACAAAACGAAAACAAACAUUUGAUAUUAUAGCAGUGAAAUAUUCAGCCCAGUAUUUUUCAUUAAUUAUAAACAAUGUCAAAUUAAGGAGCAUUUGUUCUUUUUUUUGGUAAUCGAAAUAAGCGUACGAUAUGUUGUUUGCCAAACAAAUAUAUCUUAACAAGAUUUGUAUACUUCUCAUUUGUUUUGUUUUUGCUUUUGUCAAGAUGCUUUCUUUAUAAUUGUUAUUAUUAAAGAGUAUAAAGCUAUAUCUGAUGAAAUAUUUUUUUUGAAAUAUAAAUUAUCUUUGGAAAAAUAUGUUUUUCCUGCUCAUAUUGUCGUUUGUCGAAAGAUUUGUUGCAAAUACUGUUUCUGUUAUCUAACACACAUGCAAACUUUACGGAAACACAAUAACACAAUCCGAAAAAGUAUUAUGCUACGAUUUUUGGUAGCCUUUUAUCCGUUUAGCAAUGAUUGCAAUGAAACCCUAUCUUUUCAAAAGGACAUUUACCAACAGAUAUGUUUUACUUUCAUGUUGGUAUUGUUAAUAUUUUUUUAAUGAAAGCAAGUAAUUUGUAGACUGCAAACAGCAUAGAUAUAGCUUUGUACUCUUCAAAUUGUAUGUAUAUGAAAUACGUCUGAAUAAAACAU